CGCCAUGGCACCAGGAGGCAGCGGAAACAGCAGUCAGCAGCGGCAGUUCUUCGCCGACCCCGACGAAGCCACGUACCGCCAGCGCGUGAUGAAGACGUGGGAUAUGCUGGACGUUCGCUGCGCCUUUGCAUCCGCCGAGGCUGUCGACGCUGCCCGGCGCCUUGUCGAGGACACACGACGAUGUGGUGCACCGACCAACGAAGCUGCGUACCAAGAGGCGUUAAAGCUCACGCGCGCGGUGCUCCACCCAGACACUGGCGCGCCGGUAGUGCUGCCGCUCCGUGUGUCGAUGAUCGUGCCCAUGAACCUUGGCCUCGACUGUGGCAUGAUCCUAGCCUCCACGGCGCGCUCGACCGUAUUUUGGCAGUGGCUCAACCAAACGUACAAUGCGUUGCACUACUACGCCAACCGCAAUGCGACGAACGAAGACACAACAAACCAACGCAUCGCUGCCUACCUCGCCGCCACGGCCAGCUCGGUCGGCGCGUCGCUCGGUGUGCGCUCGUGGGCCAAGGCCAAGGGCCACCCCGUCCUCUUGCGCAUGGCGCCGUUUGCCGCUGUCGCUGCCGCCGACGUCCUUAACCUCGCCGUCAUGCGUCAAUCCGAAUUUCUUCGGGGUGUCAACGUGUACAACGAAGACGGCGACUGGAUUGGCACGAGCAAGCGCGCGGGGCUCUUCGCUGUCGCUGCGUGCAUUGGCGGGCGCAUUUUUGCUGCCGCGCCCAUUUUAAUUCUUCCGCCUCUGACCAUGCGGGCGCUGGAAACCAAAGUCGACUUUUGGGCCCGUCGGCCGCGCCUGCGACUGCCCACGACACUGGCCAUGGUGGCCGUCGCGAUCCAGUGCGCCGUGCCAUUGACGUUUGGCCUCUUUCGGCAGUCGGCGCAAGUGUCGGUCGGAUACCUCGAGCCCGAGCUCCAAAACAAGCACCGACUCUCGGGCGAGCCCGUGCGUGUGGCCACCUACAACAAAGGGCUCUAACUUGUCUCUGGGCAUGCUUGCGCCGGCGUAAACGACGAUCGACA